AUGGCGGACAAGAAGCGGAAAAGAGAACACAAUUCCAAGUCUUCUUUCAAAGAGGAUUUACCGAUCAGGGAUUAUAGAAAAAGACUGGUACAGAUAGUGGAAGAAAAUGAAUUCCUAAUCGUUGUCGGUGAGACAGGGAGUGGAAAAACAACCCAACUCCCACAAUAUCUUCUCAAAGCUGGUUUUACAUCCAGAGGAAAAAUGAUCGGUGUAACGCAACCACGACGUAUUGCAGCAAUUUCAGUAGCCACGCGCGUUUCUGAAGAAAUGAAAUGUCAUUUAGGAGGUGAGAUUGUUAUACUUAGCCAUAAGAUUUGGGAAACUGGAUGGUUCAUGAAAAUAAAUGUAGGAUCCAUUACACAAUUCGAUCAGGCUGUAAGCUAAUAGUUUAAUUGCUUAAUGUUACAUGUAGCUAUAGCAGUCUACUUUAAGUGCAGGCUGGAAGUGUUCUGUAUAAUCUAGCCGAAGUAUACAGAUAUAUUCAAAGUUAUUUGUAUGAAGAUUGCAUUUAUUAUAAUCUGCCAUGAUGGUGAUGAUGAUUAUUAUUAUUAUCAUCAAUUUUAUUACUUUUCUAGUUUUAAUGACAGUGAAUAUAUGAAAAUCCUAUAUGUGAACUGCUGUUCAAGAAAUAAAUAUGAGAGUACUCUUCGCAGUUAUGAUUACUUCUUAAGCAGUAGUGAAAUUAAGGCCUGAAAAAAAUUCAUGCCUGAAUGGGAUUUGAACCCAUGACCUCUGUGAUACUAGAGCAGUGUUCUACCAACUGAGCUAACAAGCCAACUAGCGCUGCAUCAGAAUUGCAGAGGUCAUGGGUUCAAAUCCCCUACAGGUCUGAAUUUUUUUCAGGCCUUAUUUUCUCUUCUGCUUAAAGUAAGUAGUGUUUAUUACUGGGAAGAUCGCUCUCAUGUUAAUUAGUUUAAAUUGUUUUCUUAGUUUUAAAUACUUAACUUUACCGUGAUAUUGAAUUAAGUAAAUCAAGCUGUUGUUAAGUAGAGACAAUAUUUGUCUUACCAUUGAAGACUUAAGAUUUUAAUAACCUGAUUCCUAAAUGUAAAAGUACAAGAGUGAUAUACAAAAAUGAAUAAAUAAGCUAUAUAAACAAAUAAACACAAUAGACGAACAAGAAACUAUUUUUACUAAAAUUAUGCAGAUUUCAAGUUAGUAGCAUGUCACUAAGAGAGUUCUUUGCACAAAGUGUUUUGAUAGUACAGAGUAUUUUCAUUACAGUAUUCAAAACAAGCUAUGAUUAAGUAAUUAAUCCUUAAUCAGCCAGUCAUAUAUGUAGAAAGUCACAGAUAAGCCAACUUUCUCUGAGUCUAGUGCAUAACAUAAACAUAUAUCAACAAUGUCCACUGAGACUUCCAGACACUUGUCCUACUUCAUCAGAAAUGGAAAAAUCCGGAAAUAAAUUGACAAAGGAAGGUGGCAUUAGUGACACAUGAUCAAGCACCUUGUAUUGUUGGUAUAUUUAGUUUCUAUAUUUCUCUUAAACAUGUUGGUUCCUUUAGAAACGGUUGGAUAUCAAGUUCGGUUUGAUGAUAACACCAGUGAUAAAACUCUGAUUAAGUAUAUGACUGAUGGCUGCCUUUUGCGGGAGUUCCUUGAUGAUUUUGAACUCAGCAAAUACAGUGUAAUCAUUCUGGAUGAAGCUCAUGAGAGAAGUUUGGAUACAGUAAGUGCAAUAUUACAAUUAUUAAAGUCCUAGUUGAUUUGAUUUUUUAUAUUGGAAAAGGUUUACUCGUGCUCAUUUAAUUUUAACCUCUCCCUCAGAGUGAUUGAUGAGUAAUUUGUUUAAUAAAUAUCAAUACUUUGUCCAGGAGAAAAGUGAUGAAAUAAGGGGAUAUUUUAUAAUUAGCAUUUACGUGCACAUUAUCAAAGCUACAAUUUUAAGACAUGUAUGGAGGACAGGAAAGAGAAUUGAUAUCUAGACCAUGGGAGUGAAGGGUCACUGUGGAAAACCUAGAGGGUGCCUUUCUGCAUGUUUCCUUGGACUAGAUCUAAGUAAAUAGAUAUUCCCUUACAAUACACUCAAUGGCACUGCAACUAUUUUGAAUAAAUGAUUUUGAUUAUUGCUUAAAGUUACUCUUCUUUGUUUUGCAGGAUAUCUUAUUUGGUUUAGUUAGGAAAUUAUUUCAUGAUCGGAGAAAAAAUUUCAAUGCAGAAGAUAAGCCUACAAGGCUCCCAAAAGUUAUUAUCAUGUCAGCUACCUUAAAUCAUGAGAAGUUUUCAGAAUUCCUUGAUGGCUGUCCAGUCUUUGAAAUUCCAGGGCGCUGCUUUCCUGUGAAAAAUAUAUUUUUGGACUAUGUUGGUGUCAAGGACUUGCAGACACCAAGUUAUCUGAAAAGGGUGAGUCUGUAAAAUUUAUUCAUGAAAUGUGCAAUGGUCACUUACCUCUAAUAAAUUUGUCUCAGAUAUGAUUCUUGUAUCUCAUGCAACAUAUGGUAUGUAGGUUGAGUUUGCUUUUGAUAGUCAUGUUUAAGGCAAACUUUUUUCCAUAUUCUCCUGUCUUAUUCCCUUCACGAAAAAUAACACCUUAAAUUCCAAUUUUUGACUUGGAAACUGCGAAUGAAGAGCUGCUUACUUGAUGUGUCUCUGAUAAACUCAAUUCAAUAUUUUGUAGGCUGUAGAGACAGUGAUGAAGAUUCAUCUUGAGGAAUGCCCAGGGGAUAUAUUGGUUUUCCUAACAGGACAGGAUGAAAUUGAACAUGCAUGUGACAAACUGUAUGAGUCAGCUGAGAAAAUUGACUAUAGCCACGAUGUCCAUUACCAUGAAGUGGAAGCCAUGUUGAUUCUUCCCUUAUAUGGUUCCAUGACAACUGGUUUGUGCAAUUUUUUCAUCUACUUAAGAUUCCUUUAGUAAACUUCUCUGUGAUGUUUGUUGAUUUUACAAUAAAACAUAUCUGUUUUGCAGAAUUACAGAAAAGAGUAUUUGAUCCUCCUAGUUCUUCAGUGAGGAAGGUAGUUGUAGCAACAAAUAUUGCAGCCACAUCACUUACUAUAGAAGGAAUAAGGUAAACAUAAAAGUUAACAAAUGUAUAAUCAGAAUAUUUACCUUACAUAUCUAAUUACCAAAAAAACAGUGUACACAGUUUGUGUCAUAUGUACUUUAAAUUAGAUUAUAGGAAAAGUAUAAAUAUUCAGAAAGGUUUAUCAUGUAGCUUUACAUGUACAAGUUCAUUAUGUUGAUUAUUGUGUAAUUUUUCUUGAAUCAGAUUUCGUCCGUCUUUUCUUGAUAGCAACAUUUGGUUCAAAUUUUAGGGGUAUCAGAACUACAAUAAUCAGACACAUACAUUGUGAUAUCACAAACCUUAUCACAUGUGAAAAUAUGAAUAAGAAAUAAAACUACCAUCUACCCUGUGACUGUAGAAGGGAGAUGCUAAUUGACAUGAUGGUUAGUGCACUGGACUCUGGGUUGUGAUGUGCAGCACCAUUUUUUUAUGUUCUCUGGGCACAACACUUAACUUUUGCAGUGCUUCUCUCCACCCAGUGGUAUGAGUAAGAACCAGGAAGGAAAGCCCAAUGAAAUGCCUGGGGUAGCAACCUUGUUAUGGGCUGGCAUCCCAUUCAGGAAGGAGUACAUGUAGCUAUACUCCUAGAUGUAGUUGCUUCAUACUACAUGGAAACGGAGAUAAACUGCAGCUGGGUUGGCUACUUGGUUCUAGUACAGACUCAACCUACAUGUUCCUUUACCUACUUGCUGUAAUGUUACAGGUUGAAAUUGAAUUCAGGUUCAGUGGUUUUCAAAGGGGGUUAAUCUGUAAUUUUCUUUGUUUAUCUUGACUUAUGUUUAGAUAUGUUGUGGACAGUGGCUUUGUGAAGCAGUUAUCAUAUAAUCCACGUACAAGACUUGACUCCCUUACCGUUGUUUUGACAUCAAGGUAUUAUUAGUAAUGUACAAUGUCAUGUAUUUUUAAACCUUGAUUUUUAAUUAAUUUAAUUUCUCUUCUUUGUUGUUGUAACAGAAGCUGUUUCCUUUCAGCCAGUUGAUAAUCAGUCACUUUGAUAGUAUUGCAUCAUGAAAUGACAUACAAUCUUUACAUCGUGUUUUUUUCUUUUUUCAGAUCUGAAGCCAUUCAAAGAGCAGGAAGGGCUGGUAGAACUGCACCAGGAAAAUGCUUUCGACUUUAUUCUAAGUAAGUAGAUUUGAUUAUACAGUUUAUGAACUAGCAAUGUAUAGUUGUCUGAGAUUAUUUUGUGUUUCUUUGUUUCAGAGAGGUCUAUGAGAUGGCCAUGACAGAGGAAACAAUUCCUGAAAUUCAGAGAACAAGUUUAAGUCAUGUGGUUCUCUAUCUCAAGUCCAUGGGAAUACAUGAUGUUUUAGGGUAAGUACAUUGUUACGUCCUCUGUUAGGUCUGAAAACAAAUGUUGUAUUUUCUCAGUUACAAGAAGAUUGGAAUUCAGUUUAAAUACCAGAAGUUUUUGCCAUGAUUACUGGGAUACCUGACUGUAACACUCCACAAUGUUGCAAGUUUACUCUGACAUUCAGUGAUCAUCAUCUAAGGACAACCUCACUUUCUCCAAACUCUCUGAGGAAUGAGUGCAAAGGACUGGUAACAAUUACAGAUAGAGAAGGACUACUGUGAGGAGAAAGAAAACUUGUACCCCUGUUGAGUUUUCCCAAAGAAAAAGCUCUAAGGAUAAACCAAUUAAACAAUACUGUGACCACAGGACCUUUUUUAUCGCUUGCAUUUACUUUCUAACCUUUUGGAUUUUGUGUUAUGGCUUGGAUAAUUUGAUUACUGGUAAUCAGCAAUUCACAGCAAUGAAACUUUAACUGUGAAUACAGAUAUUUUUAUGUUUUCUUAGCUUUCAGUACAUUGAUCCACCAGAAGAGAGAAUGAUUCUAGAAGCAUUAAAACAACUAUAUUAUUUUGGAGCAUUGGACAGGUAAAUUGAAUCUUUAGUCCAGAGCAGAUUUUCAAGUCUGGUAAUUUUUCAUUAAUCUUUGUAUUCAUGUGGCUCUGGGAACUUUUCUGUUUAAUAAGUCAGUGUGUGGAGAAGGGGAUGGAAAGUGGGGAAGGGGUGGGAAGGAGAAAGGGAGAGGAUAAAGGGGGAGGGGGAAGGGGAGGUGAUGACCCACAAAAGGCUGCCAGCCUAUCAAAAGGGAAGUUGUAAUACUCAUUCCUUCUAUGAGUGGACUCAUUUGGUGAGUCUGAAAACAAGACAUUGUUAUGAACUCCAGUGAAAGACAAGGAAAAGGCUUUAAACUUUCAUAUGUUGUGUAAUUUUUUCUCAUAUUGAAAAACGUAAAUUUCAAUUUUGUUUUCAGAGGUGGAAAUGUCACCACACUAGGUCGUCAGAUGACGGAAUUUCCACUCUCCCCAGGCCUCUCCAGGACAGUAAUAUCCUCAGCUAGCCUUGGUUGUACAGAACCGGUACUUGCAGUGGCAGCCAUGCUGUCUGUGGAGAAUGUCUUUGUAACUCCGGGAGGGAAAAAGAAUUUAUCAACAGCUACACAGGUUCAUAAAAAACUGGCGGAGGAAGCCGGUGGAACAAACGACUUUGCAACACUCCUGUUUGUCUACAGGCAGUGUCAUUCUAGGUUAGUAUUCCUGUGCUAAGUUUGUUUUUCUAUGUACUAUUAUUAGCCAAUAGUGUUAGAUCCUUGUAAAGUUUUGCUCUCUCCUGUUUUUUGUAGUCCGUCACCUCCACGAUGGUGUCGUGAACAUUACAUUCAUUGGAGAGCACUGAAAAUGGCGUACAACAUACACCAUCAGCUGGAAACCAUCUUGCAAAGACAGGUGAAGAACCAACACUGAUUUAUCAUAUUCUACACUGAUUUUGAGUGCUUCCAAGAGUGAAAUUGAUACAUGAGACAUUUUAUCAGAUAGUUAAUAAGCUUUUGUCGAAUACUCUCCCGGUUCAUUGCCAGCUCAAAGCUGAAUACGGGCUCCUUUAUUUUUGUCUUUUCAGCUUAGUAAAGACUCUGUUCCAAAGAGGAAUACAGACAGUACAAAAAUUAGCUCGAAAGAUCUGCUGAGGAGAGUAUUGUGCAGUGGAUAUUUCUGCAAUGUAGCGCGGAAGUAAGUCAUCCUUUUUUCUUUGAAGUGUCCUUUACAUUUCGAUCGGGCAGUCUUCCUUCGAUAAAACAAUUCCUAAUCGAAUGUCAAAAGUAAUUCAUGAUUCCAUUAGUUUUACUUUACUACGCUUUGUAAUUGAUCAGGAAAAGUCCCACCUCUUUCCCUAACCAAUCAGAAAAGACGCUAAAACAAUCGUCAAUUGCGCGUUUUUACUGCGCCUGAAGAGUUUAAACUUUCAUUCGUUCCUUGAAGCGCCUUACAAUUUUAUUUAUUAUUCUUAAUGUCAUGGCAUCUUUUUGUGUCUUAUCCUUUUUAGAAGCAGUUCGGGAAACAGUUUCCGCACUAUGGACGGACAUGGUACACAAGUUUAUAUUCACCCAUCUUCAACGGUAGAGUUAGCUUUUAAUAUUCCGAUUAACAAUAGUGGUUUGCAGAGAUGAAGAAGUUCAAUUGAAGUUUCAAUUUGCAAUUGUAACUGACUCUGAUGAUGAUUAAAUUUUGAAAACAUGUCUGCAUGCUAGGAAGGGACGCAGUGAGCGGUUUUAUUAAUCAUUCUUUAGGAUUAUUGUUACACGGAUGGUCGCGCUGCACGAUCGUAAAAAGAAAAAUGAGCUUAAAAAGUGCAUGAGGUCAUAUGGAGCAUUCACUCUCAUUUUUCUUCACUACUGCAUUUAUCUCAUUGAAGAAUGCCUACUGAUCAUUUAUAUAUUUUUUUAGCUAUUUGGUUGCGAAGAUCAGCUCGAGUGGAUAAUUUUUCAUGACAUCAUCUGGACUUCAAAAAUCUAUGUCAGAACAGUUUGCCCAGUGAGUGUUAAUUUUUUUCCUUGUCUUUCUUCUUUAUUGUAUGAAGAGUUUACUUUUAAAACUGAAAUGUGUAGCUUACAAGAUUCCUGAUGACCAGCCACUUACAAAAUCACGUUCGUUUUUAGAUAAGGUAUGAGUGGGUGGGAGAACUCCUGCCCAGGUUACAUGAAGUAGACAGUUAUUCCUUGUCUGGCUGGGCAGAGGGAAAAGUAACGGUCAGCAAGCAUGACGGGAACUUACAAGACCAAAACGAAACCGAAACAGGUGUGUUUCUUUUUUUUGAGGACUCUGACACGUUUAACCGUACUGCAAUUUGUUCAUUUUAUAAUUUCACCUCAUUUUUGUUGGUUCAGGCACUGUUACAGACGUCGUUAAAAUAUCGAAACGGAACACACAAGAAUCUCUCACGGCUGCUAGGCAACGCUUUCUGGAAAGAAAAAGAGCCCGCGAGAAGAACCAGGGCAGGUGACUGGAUCGACAACGGCUGCCAUCGUGGGAUGCCCCUAUGAGGAAAAACAGUGCUAACCACGUUGACAACGCAUGUCCUGACGCACUAGCCAUAGCAAACGGCUAUUUGUCACGUGAGCCUCACGUGAGCCUCGCGUGAGGCAGUUGUUUUCAUAAGCCAAAUGAAAAUAGGUAAUGGACGCAAAGCAGAGCGAGGACCACGUCCACAGGACGAUAUUAUCGUUUCAUUGUGCUCUGAAGAAUUUGCUUAUUAAUCAGAACUGUUCAUCUAGAUCAGUCAAUUUUUAAGUUACAUCUUAAAAUAAACAGGGUUAAAUGUUGAAGUAAGAUCUUCUCCCACCCCGCCCCCAAAGUAUUUAUUAUUUUUCUUACUCUUAUUUAUAAAGACCCAUUUAUAUCUGAGCCGUUGUUCUCGACCGUUGGAAAGAGCUGUAGGUAUAAGGUUGAAGUGAAGGCU